CGUGGCCGUUUCUGCCCAGCUCGUUACGGGGGGCCACGGGACAUCCACGCGAUUCCCGCGACGUUUUGUGCGGCGCCGGGCAAGGGCAGCCGGGGCGUAUCACGGGCAGUUCACCAUGGCGGAACAGCUCGCGCGCAUUUUCGGAACAGAGGAAGAUCGAGUGAAUUGUCCCUUCUACUUCAAGAUCGGUGCGUGCCGCAAUGGCGAUCAGUGCAAUCGCUUGCACAACCGUCCGACGAUGAGUCAGACUUUGCUGCUGUCGCACAUGUAUCCCAAUACUCCUGAAUCCCUGGCACUGGCCAACGACGAGCCUUGGGAUGAUGAUAUGUAUGACCGUGCACAGGCACACUUGGAGGCGUUCUACGUGGAGGUUUUCUUGGAGUUGGCCAACUAUGGUGAGAUUGAGGACUUGGUCGUGGUGGAUAAUCUUUGUGACCAUAUGAUUGGCAAUGUCUACGUGAAGUACUACCACGAGGAGGAUGCCGAACGCGCCCUGAUGAAGCUGACAGGCCGUUUCUACAGUGGCAAGUUGAUCCAAGCCGAGUACACCACGGUGAGCGAUUUCCGUGAGGCGCGUUGUCGAGCCUUCCACGAAACGCGCUGCAAUCGUGGCGCCUAUUGCAAUUUCAUGCACAUCAAGCACAUUCCCCGUGCCAUCAAGCGUCGUGUUGUCCGAGAGAUGUACGAUGACCAUCCAGAAUACCUGGGGCAAACAGCCAAGAAGUCCAAGAAGGACAAGGACAAGGAGCGCCGUUCCCGCUCCCGGCGCCGAGACAAGGAGAAGAAGGAGAAGGACCGCGACCGCGACCGCGGCGAGCGCACGGACGCUCCACCUGCUCGACAAACUUCGCAGGAGCGUCGUGCCAUGAUCGCUUCCUGGAAUGCAGAGAAGGAAGGCGGAGCUGUGGCAUGAGCUGAGAGAUGAAGAGUGGCACGCGAGAGUUCGUUGAGUUGAACAUUGCAAGGGUUGACAAGUGGGGG